AUGACUAUAAGCGAGAGUGCAUGUGUAUUGUUUGUGUCAUAUAACUGUUUCUUUCAGAACGUACAUAUUUCGAACUUUUCGUCAUCAUGGGCUGACGGCAUGGCCUUUUGUGCCCUCAUUCACCACUUCUGUCCGGAAGCGUUCGAUUUUAACAAGCUGAAUCCAGCCGAACGGGCGAAGAACCUUUCAUUGGCUUUCAGAGUAGCAGAAGAAAACGCUGGUAUUGUUCCGCUACUGGAGGUCGAGGACAUGCUCCUGAUGGGUGAAAAACCGGACUACAAGUGUAUAUUCACCUACGUUCAGAGUAUUUUCAUCCAGUUCCGAGAUCGUGACUGA